GCGUUCCGGAGUGAGAGAGUCUCCACUCGCCAGACCUCCACACGCGUGUUCCUGCAGAAGAUCGUGGCCGCUCCUUCCCGUGAGCGAACCAUCGACGCCUCGCGCUCUCGAACCCAGGGAUCCUUUAACCUCGUGCGAGGCAGUGGUGGCGGGGAGGACGAAGCGCUGGGGUUAACCCCCCCCCCACACACACACCCACUCCGUCUCCAGUCUAUCUACGACCACGUACUGGGAAGGCUGCCAACACCCCCCCCCCCUUAACCUGUGCCUCCUCCAACAGAGUGACUCCAAUUGGCCAGUCGGAACCAUCGGCCAGGCAGUGACUAGGGUUACUCGCUUGACAUCCUCAUCUCUCAAGACACAGUGGGGUUGUAGCAUCGUCCGCACGUCCAUCCACCAUGGGCCUGUCCAGCUUCAUCAAGUCACAGUUUGUGCUGCACCUCCUCAUCGGCUACAUCUUCUUGGUGAGCGGCCUCAUCGUGAACUUCCUGCAGCUGUGCACGCUGCCUCUGUGGCCCAUCAACCGCACGCUCUACCGCCACGUCAACUGCCGCCUCGCCUACUCGCACUGGAGCCAGCUGGUGUUGUUGCUGGAGUGGUGGUCGGGCACCAGCUGCACCAUCUACACGGACCCGCAGACCUACGAGCACUUUGGCAAGGAGCACGCCAUCGUCGUGCUCAACCACAACUUCGAGAUCGACUUCCUGUGCGGCUGGACCGUCUGCGAGCGCUUUGGGGUGCUCGGGAGCUCGAAGGUGCUGGCCAAGAAGCAGCUCUCGUACGUGCCGCUCAUCGGCUGGUCCUGGUUCUUCCUGGAGAUCGUGUUUUGCAAGCGCAGCUGGGCCGAAGACAGUGUGACUGUGGCACGGGACCUGCAGAGGCUGCGUGACUACCCUGAGAACUUCUGGCUCCUCCUGCACUGCGAGGGCACGCGCUUCACACCGGAGAAGCACGCCAUCAGCAUGGAGGUGGCGGAGAGGAAGGGGCUGCCCAAGCUCAAGCACCACCUGCUCCCCCGCACGCGAGGGUUCGCGCUCUGCGUGCAGAACCUGCGCGGGACGGUGCCGGCGAUCUACGACUGCACCCUCAACUUCCGCGGCCACACGAAGCCCUCGCUGCUGGGCGUGGUGUACGGGCGCACGUACAAGGCGGACAUGUGUGUCAGGAGAAUCCCGAUGGAAGAGAUCCCUGAGGAUGAAAAGGAGUGUGGAGACUGGCUCAACAAGCUUUACAAAGAGAAGGAUGAUCUUCAGGAGGACUACGAGCAGUCGGGCAAGUUCCCGGGACAGAUGUUCCAGCCACCCAGGCGCCCGUGGGUGCCGCUCAACUGGGCCUUCUGGGCCUCGCUGCUGCUAUCGCCGCUCUUCCACUUCGCCGCCGGCGUUGCCACGAGCGGCUCGGCCCUCGCCAUCGCCGGGCUCAUCGCCGUCGUCAUCGCCGCGUCGGUGGGGGUCCGCCAGCUCAUCAGCGUCACGGAAAUCGACAAAGGUUCCAGCUACGGAAUCAAUCAAUCCAAGAAGUGCAGUUAAGAGAGUACGGGAUCAGCACAGUGUCCCGUGACCCCCGUUGCGUGGAGCUUUUAAUAAUAAUACUGUUGAUAAAUAUUAAAAGGAAAUAUUAAAUAAAAAUGAGCAAAAGCUGGAAUCCGUAAUGCUGCCAAAAAAUUAUCGCAGUUUUUAAUGAAAUCUGAUUUUUCUAUUUUAUCUUUCUUAACGUACAUUUUGCCUUGGCCUUACCAAUUGCUUCUGCAGUUGAUUUUUUUCGAAAGCCCAGAAAAUGUUUCCGCCCAAAAUUAUCCCCCCCCCCCCUCCCCGCAUGUGCUCACAUAUCCGUGUUACGGUAAACAAAGAACGCAUUUCCUGAGGCAGGGGGCCCGGGUUCCACCUUGAUAUCCCCAUUUCCAGCUGAGCCAGUGCAGGGCCCUCUGCUCUAACUACGGGUGAUCUUCCGCCGGGCAUUUGACACGAGCCCCAGAAGCAAACCGCCGCACGCUGUUCUCGCAAGACGUCUGAAUCUGGCCGGUGGCCCAGCAGGGCCAGAGGCGGCGGGGGAGGGGGGGGGGGUGUAAUGACGUCACACAGUCUGCAUCGCCUGCGCGCAUCUCGACUCGAGCGUGUGACGUGUGACGUCAACGGCACGCCUCGGCUUCUGCAGUGGGAAAACCAAGCCUUGGGGGUCUCCUGAUCCGUGUCCGGCUUGGUUCGGCGUGGCCCCGGACUGGCUCGGUUGUGCAGCGGGGAAAAAAACUAGAGGUGUUUGAGAACCUUUAAAAAAAAUCAUGUUGCCUUUGGCCCCACAAGCUGUUGAAUCGUAACUAAUGCACCGCUUGAAAGGGUUUCCUGAAGAUGUUUUUUUUAGACUUGUAAAGAAACGUCGUGUUACUUAAAACAGAAGAAAACAUUAUUUCGAAAAUAGUUAAAGCACACUUUUUUCUUAAUUUAAAAAAAAUAUAUAUAUAAUGUCUCUGGGAACAUGCUUCCUCGUGUACGCUGGGCUUAAAGAAAAAAGAAAGCUGCCUAAGGCAAACUUGAUUUUAAAAACAAAACUGCAUAAGGCAGUUUUGUGCCUAAGGCACUGAAACCUUUAUCAUUCUCAUAUCUGUUGUUUACAAACGACCAAUCAAAACCGUACAUCUUAGGAAAGCAGUGGGAAGCGCAAAUUCGUCGCUUGAAAUCAAGGAACAAUCAAAUGAUCGCAUAACAUAUUUUAUAUCGUGGAACUCACAAAAAUGUGCCUAGUGGCGAGUGCACCACUCGUUACGUAAGAAAUGUAAUGGCUCGGUAGAGCGUCCGCAUGGCUUGCCUUGCCGCUCGCCGUUGACGCGUGCUCAUGCCGUCCGUCACGGAAGAGUUCAAUGUUUACGUCUUUGAGUGCAAAGUGUGUGUGUCGUGCGGGCGCGCGUGACCUUAGGCGCGUCGGCUCCGACGCGACGCGUACGCCUGCAUCGUGAGCACGCGCAGCGCAGCGCGUUUAUGCAGCUUGUGUGUGUGUGCGCGCGCGUUGUGCUAGACUUAUGUACAGAUUCCCCCCCCACCACACUCCCACUGUGUAGCCGAUCCAGGUCCUAAGAGCAAGAGCUGUGUAAGCGAGCAGCCUACGAAGGCCGGCAUGGCACACAAUGGGGUCGUGUGACCAGCAUCAUGCCUUUGUCUCACCAGUGCUGGUUUUUAGACACUGCACCAGGUACUUAUUUAUGGCUGAGUCGACCUAGGGGAGGCCCAGGACCUGUUCAGAUGACCACCGCUGAUGUAGGCGGAAAUUUAACUUGGGUCGCCGCGUUGUGGCACAGUGCGCCAAGCAGCACGCUGUCGCUCUCCACUGCUUGUGUUCAUGUGCGCGCACAUGCAGUUGCUGCCCAGUGCACAGUUAUGUACGCGGCUACACGCAUAUACGCACACAGACGUACACGGUAGUGGCAGUCACGCUUGUGAGAUGUUAACUACUUCGCCUGGUAUGCAGGAGGUCGUGGGUUCGAUCCAACCCGUGGUCAUGUGGAUUUUUCUCCGGGUCCUCCGGUUUUUCCCUCCACAUUUAGAAACAUGCUUUUAGAGUAUAUGGCUGCUAUACAUUUCCACACGAUAAGCCACUAAGUUGAGCUAUAAGUUGUGGUCAGGUCACUUCUGAAAAAGAGCUGUAUAUAGCUCAGUGGGCCUUCGCUGGUAAAAUAAAAAGUUUAGUUAGUUUAGUGUUAGUAAAAUAUCAAAACGUCGGGAUUACCCCAUGCUGCACCAAGCACACGAAGUUGCUCGUCUGUUACCAGCAAUUCCAUGUUCCUGUGGCAGGGAACAGUUUGUCCAUAGGGUGACAACUGUUUGACUUAACUGCAUGCAGCGGUGCAGCCUCAUCAGAUGGUACUGAUUGUUUGCCAACCCCAAAGUGAUGGCGGUGAUGAGAAUUUUACAAACCCCAAAUGUACCAAUAUGAGGUCCCAACUGAGACUGCUAAACAAAUUGAAAUUCGUCAUCGGACAUUGCCUCCGUUCACGUGGGUUAAAUGUGUGUGCCUUGUGGCGGGGUAAAUUGUGCAUAUUAUCCCACCUCUGGGAUGCUGUCAUGGUGAGCACACUCGACUUGCAAUCCAGAGGUCGUCGGUUCGUUCUCCCGGCGUGGAAAUCAAAACAAUGGGCAGAUUUCUUAAAUCCAUCUCCCCUCCUGCCAUAAAUGGGUAACGCCGCAAUCGAGCAGUAGGUCACGAAUGGCAGGGUAAAGUGCGAGUACUCUCACCAGAAUUUCGGGCCAGCAGCAUUGCUAGAGUAGGCCAAAUGCCCUCGAGAGAGAGGAUCUCUCUCUAGAGGGCUUCCUCUAGUGUAAGCCCUUCCACCAGCAGUCACGUGAGCGGGCAAUGGCAGGGGGCUGCACCUUUACCCAUUCCACCUCGACCAGGGUGCGGGGUGAUUUCCUGUUCACGUGGCGAGAUUAAAUGAGCCCUCUGCUGGAGGACUGACUUUGUCACCCCCCCCCCUCCCCACGCAUACGUAUGCACGGGCAUGCGGCCAACCUUUUUUCGUUUCAACUUCCCCCAUUCACAAGGGCUCCCCUGCCCUCCCCUGUCCCCCCAGGACACGACUUGAAUAUCGUGAUGCUGCGUUCAUGCGACCGUCUUUGGCUUUGUAAGAGUUCUGUUUUGGGUGCGCCGUGUGCGUGUGACCUGUGGGCGCGUGACGAAACGUUGCUCCCGCGUGGACGCGUCUGCUGGCGCGCGUUCCAAAAGAGACCGUUCAAAAAGAGGAGUUGAGAGAAAGAAAAAAAAUGGACCGCUACUUUGUGCCGGUUUUUAACGUGUGAAUCGUGUUUGGAAGAAGAAGAAAAAAGCCCUGUGUGGAGUAAACUGGUAAAUCACGUGUGGAAUUCUAUAAUUUAGCAUUAUUGCACGAAUUGUGACUUGUUACGCUAUCGGUGCCGCGUCGUAUGUGCUUGUUGAACUUCUUUCGAACCGUACGAUGCCAACCGCGCUAAUCGGCGGUGCGGGGGAAGGACAACAAACUAAACCCAAAAGGCAGUUCUAAAAUAAAUUAGUUUUUAAUCUAGAUUCGUAAGCACAUAGCUCCAGUGGCUUCCUAAUAUCGUCGUUACCACCCCUCUGCGGGUCCUGCAGUCAGCGGAGGGUCGUGCGUUAUGCCACACUUCGAGAGGCAUUACUCGGUGGAGCUGUCUCACCGGGCGUCAGAUGACAUCCCAUGAUAGUCUGUAAAGAGUGGUUUGCCCAACUGAAUCACCACCACCACCACUCCCACUAAUAACGAUAUGAAUCUCACUAAUCGUGUCACGUCUGCCCCCGUUGUUGCCUGAUCACAAAUGCUGUGCGGAAUUGUAAAUAAAGAUUUUACUACCCAACUGUGUCAUUGUGCAUGU